AUGCUGAGUGAGUCAUUGCAGGACACGAUUGAAAGAGCACAGAGAGAAGCAAUGAAUGUAACUAACAGAGAAAGAAGUUCGUCCAGUAAUAGGAGAAAUGAUAUGAAAUUGAUUCAAAGCGAUGGCAAUUAUUAUAAGAAGAGACAAUCAAACAAGGCAGGUGGUAAACGCUAUGAAGGUCUUUUCUAUUCUCGUGGUUAUUCAAUAUUUGGUGAUAUUGAUUCAGAAACAACUACAUUUCAGUAUGGUGGCAAAAUCACAAAAUAUGGUAAACGAAGUCGAAAGUAUUCCGACAGAGAUACAAUUGGAAGUUCGGAUCGAUAUGCUAGUUCAUAUAUUAAAGAUGACUUCAAGAUUCGAGCUAAAUCAAAGAAGAAAUAUGCAAAAGAUUAUAAUGGAAUGUCUGAAAUGACAGGGAUGGAUAUGCAAAUCUCUGGCAUUCGGAAAACUAAUGGAAAUGAAGGAGAAACUAAAAGUAAUAAAGAAUCAGAAUCGAGCGAAGCGCGAAACAGAACUGUAGACACGAGAAGCUUUAAUACGCGUGGGUCAAAUGGUCCACCAAUCCACAUAAUUCUCAAUGCAAGUGGACCCGGUUUUCAUUACCCACCACCAUUAUCUGGACAAAGAAACGGAACAUUGAGUGGUCUAUCAGGUCAAAAUGGUCCACCAAUCCACAUAAUUCUCAAUGCAAGUGGACCCGGUUUUCAUUACCCACCACAAUUAUCUGGACGAAGAAAUGGAACAUUGAGUGGUCUAUCAGGUCAAAAUGGUCCACCAAUCCACAUAAUUCUCAAUGCAAGUGGACCCGGUUUUCAUUACCCACCACAAUUAUCUGGACGAAGAAAUGGAACAUUGAGUGGUCUAUCAGGUCAAAAUGGUCCACCAAUCCACAUAAUUCUCAAUGCAAGUGGACCCGGUUUUCAUUACCCACCACAAUUAUCUGGACGAAGAAAUGGAACAUUGAGUGGUCUAUCAGGUCAAAAUGGUCCACCAAUCCACAUAAUUCUCAAUGCAAGUGGACCCGGUUUUCAUUACCCACCACAAUUAUCUGGACGAAGAAAUGGAACAUUGAGUGGUCUAUCAGGUCAAAAUGGUCCACCAAUCCACAUAAUUCUCAAUGCAAGUGGACCCGGUUUUCAUUACCCACCACAAUUAUCUGGACGAAGAAAUGGAACAUUGAGUGGUCUAUCAGGUCAAAAUGGUCCACCAAUCCACAUAAUUCUCAAUGCAAGUGGACCCGGUUUUCAUUACCCACCACAAUUAUCUGGACGAAGAAAUGGAACAUUGAGUGGUCUAUCAGGUCAAAAUGGUCCACCAAUCCACAUAAUUCUCAAUGCAAGUGGACCCGGUUUUCAUUACCCACCACAAUUAUCUGGACGAAGAAAUGGAACAUUGAGUGGUCUAUCAGGUCAAAAUGGUCCACCAAUCCACAUAAUUCUCAAUGCAAGUGGACCCGGUUUUCAUUACCCACCACAAUUAUCUGGACGAAGAAAUGGAACAUUGAGUGGUCUAUCAGGUCAAAAUGGUCCACCAAUCCACAUAAUUCUCAAUGCAAGUGGACCCGGUUUUCAUUACCCACCACAAUUAUCUGGACGAAGAAAUGGAACAUUGAGUGGUCUAUCAGGUCAAAAUGGUCCACCAAUCCACAUAAUUCUCAAUGCAAGUGGACCCGGUUUUAAUUAUCCACCAGUAUUAACUGGACGAAGAAACGGAACAUUGAGUGAUCUCUCCGGUGAAAGUGGUCCACGAAUCCACAUAACUGUCAAUGCAAGUGGAUCGAGUUCACAUCAUCAUGAAUAUGGACAGUAUGGUAAUAUUCAUCGAGGAUUAUUUGGACGAGGAUAUGGAUCAUUGAGUGAUCUCUCCAGUGAAAGUGGUCCACGAAUCCACAUAACUGUCAAUGCAAGUGGAUCGAGUUCAUAUCAACAUCAAAAUUUUCCACCACGAUUAUCUGGACAAAGAUAUGGAUCAUUGAGUGAUCACUCCGGUGGAAAUGGUCGCUGUAUUUACAUAACUGUGAAUUCAGGUGGAUCGAGUUCAUAUCAACAUCAAGAUUUUCCAUCACGAUUAUCUGGAAAAAGAUACGGAUCGUUGAGUGGUCUCUCAGGUGAAAAUCAUCUACGUAUCCACAUAACUGUGAAUGCAAGUGGACAGAAUUCAUAUCACAAAACAUAUGGAAAGCACGGUAAAUUUCCACCAACAUUCUCUGGACGAAAGUAUGGAUCAUUGAGUGAUCUCUCCGGUGAAAGUGGUCCACGAAUCCACAUAACUGUCAAUGCAAGUGGAUCGAGUUCACAUCAUCAUGGUAAUUAUCCACCAGUAUUAACUGGACGAAGAAACGGAACAUUGAGUGAUCUAUCCGGUGGCAAUGGUCCUUCUAUCUACUUUACCUUCGAUUCAGAUGGACAGAAUUCAACUGAUCAUGAUCGAGGACAAGGAGUUACUUCACCACCACGAUUAUCAGGACGCAAAUACAUGAAAGGUCGAUCAAUUGAGUACAUGUUUGAGAAAGUAGAGGGAGAAGUAAUGAAUGCAACUCACAGUACUAGGGGAGAAGACAGUUCGUCCAAAAAUAAUAGAAAUGAUUAUUAUAAUAAGAGAUUAUCAAACAAGGUAGGUGGUAAACGCUAUGAAGAUAUUUUCUCCUAUCGUGAUUAUUCAAUUUUCGAUGAUAUUGAUUCAGAAACAACUACAUUUCAGUAUGGUGGUAAAAUCACAAAAUAUGGUAAACGUAGUCGAACGGAUUCCGACAGUAUACCGACAAUUGGAAGUUCGGAUCGAUAUGCUAGUUCAUAUAUUAAAGAUAACUUUAAAAUUAAAGCUAAAUCAAAGAAAAAGUAUGCAAAAGAUCAUGUCUAUGGAACUUAUAAAUCUAAUAAAAAACGUGGAGGAAGAAAAACUAAUAAAGAAACAAAAUCGAAAGAAUCGCGAAACAAAACCGAAAGAACAUCUUAAGCCGAAAACUGGAAAUUGGAUAUGCAGUUACAAAUGCAGUAAAUCACCAGAUGUGAUAAAUAUGUUUUAUUCCACAUAGAAUCAAAUUUAUUUAUGUAUAAAAUAAUGUCAACCACUAUUUUGAUGAUUGUUAAACAACAUAUGUAUCAGAAAAUAAUGCAAGUAAUAUUAUCAAUAGUUCUUCCAAAACGUAAAAACAAUGUUACGCUUCUUGCGCUAUUAUCUUAGCAUAAAUAGCCGUUCGUAUCUAGCUAGAAGGUAAUUUGUAUAGUGGGGGAGCGUGCAAAGUAGAGUAAGUGGGAGGAGCUGGUAAAGAGACGAACAAAAGAAAAUGUGAGCCAACGAUGUAGCAAGCGCACAAAAUCCACUUACAGUAAGAAAAUUAAUAGACGACAACCAACAAUGAAAUAAGCCAACAAUAUUGUUUUCAAUUAGAGCAUCACCAGACUUUACUGAAGAAUAUAAACGGAAAGGGGUGAAGAAUGACAAACGAAUACGGAGUGUGAAAACACUAAUAAAAUCGUUUAUUGAGUCGUAUCGGACCAAGGAAUGAACAGGGGUGUCAGGAAUUUCUUCUGAACUGAAAUUAGGUCUAUGGGUUCGGAUCCAUAUAGCUUCUGCUAUAUGCAUUAGACGGGAUCGUACUCCAUUGGCUCAGGUUUACGAUAGAUUACUCGAAAUGAUUUAC